CGGGGCGGAUCAAGUCUGUGUCCGGGGGCUCUGGGGGUUACGACAGUGACAGCGUGGAGAUGCAUCCCAUGGAGGACUGCCCCGAGGCGCAGUACUACAUGCAGUGCCGGCUGGGGGAGGCGGGCUACGAUCGCUCCCCGGGAUGUGGGGGGGGCGGGUCGAGGAACUGGGGUCUUCGUAAACAGGCGAUCCAGAACUGGCAGCGGCGACCUUACAGGAACAGCACCGAGGGAGAUGAGGGGGACAUGUCGGACGUGGGCUCUCGGACCACUGAGUCUGAAAUGGAGAUGUGGGAACAAGACAGGAGAGCUGUGGCUGAAGUGCAGCAGUCGUCCCCCCCCGCCUAUUCUCACCACAGUCGGACAGCGUAUCGCUCCAACACAGGUCGGUCCGAUGGGGUCUACAACAAGCCUUGCCGCCAUGAAAAGAGCCCGUCCAAAUCCAACGAGGUGAUCAGUCCAGAGAUCCUGAAGAUGCGUGCAGCUCUCUUCUGCAUCUUCACCUACCUGGACACUAAGACCCUGCUGAGAGCUGCGGAGGUCUGCAGAGACUGGAAGUUUGUGGCCCGGCACCCGGCCGUGUGGACCAGAGUGCUGCUGGAGAACGCCCGCAUCUCUUCCAAGUUUCUGAGCACAAUGUCUCAGUGGUGUACUCAGACGCACUCCCUCAUCCUGCAAAACCUCAAACCAAGACAGCGAGGCAAGAAGGAAACCAAGGAGGAAUACCUCAAAAGCACACGUGGCUGUCUGGAGGAAGGUCUGGAGGCGUUGUUAAAGGCCACAGGAAGUAACCUUCUGAUACUGAAGAUUUCACACUGCCCCAACCUGCUGACCGACCGCUCCCUCUGGCUGGCCAGCUGCUACUGCCGGGCCCUGCAGGCGGUGACCUACAGAAGUGCUACGGAUCCAGUUGGCCAGGAGGUGAUCUGGGCUCUUGGAGCAGGUUGCAGAGACAUCAUCUCCCUACAGGUGGCGCCACUACACCCAUGGGAAGUCGCCCAGAUCGACCAGUUCCUUCAGGAGACGGCGGCACGAGAAGCCAAUGCCAAGGUGCGGCUGCAGCAGUUCAUCGAGGAGCUGCUGGACCGGGCGGACCGCGCCGAGAAACAGCUGCAGAUCAUCAGCAGCUGCGGGACCACGCCCAACGGAAGCCUGGGGCGCUGCAGCCUGCAGAACUCAAAGGGCAACGGACGCCAGAGACAGAUGCACCAAUCCCACGAGGAGGAACGUUUUGAAGGCAACACAGGAAAGCCUUUCUCUGUGAGUAAGAAAUGCAUGGAUAAAACAGACCGCCUGGCAGCUUAA